CUGCACGCAAAGUACUCUGCAUUUGCAAUCUGUUCUUGUUGCUGCUGCUUACUUGGGCAGAUGAUUGUCCUAAGGACUUCAUGCGGCUCGGCGAUAAAUGCAUAAGCGUAUAUCUGGAUAAGGUGAAUUGGUUUGAUGCCGACCGCAAAUGUCGCUCGACCAAUGCAAACCUCUUGACGUUCGAAAAUGAUGUGGAGCGAAGUCUAACAACGGAAUACCUGAAGAAUAUGGGCAUAAUUUCAAAGAGCUACUAUAACGAUUCCAUCUGGAUUGGUAUUAACACGUUGGGCAAAAAUCGAACCUUUGUCCAGGCCAAAAAUGGGAAAAAUCCAAAUUAUGUCAGGUGGUGCACCAAUCAGCCAGAUAAUGACAACCAGGAAUGCGUGGCAUAUGCGGAUUUCGCUGGUUGCAACUAUGGAUACCACGACUAUGACUGCACUAGUGUAUUCCCAUUUGUGUGUGAAACCAAAGUUCGUCAUGAGUCUAAUUACCUGUGCCUACCUCGCAAUAAUUUCGUCGAAGUUUACCAUGAAACUUGAACUGCAGACUUCAAUAAUAUUUCAUUCAAUAUAACUAGUGCUUAGCAUUAAGCUGAAGUCUUGAAUAAAAGUUGAAAGGCAUUGCAUUGCAUUGCAUUGCCUAGC